GUUAAAAGACGAUUUCACUUAAUUUUCCGUUGUUUGAACAUCUUUACUCUGGUCUCAUUUAAAAACAAAGAAGUCAGACUAUUAAAAUAUGCACUAGAUUAUUCUACACUAAAAACGGAAUUUUUCAUACAAAGUUUUUUUAUUUAUUAAAUCUUUUUGAUCUGUAUUUUUAUUUUUUACAUCUUUGUUAAAACUCACCACGUCGUGACAAGAGAGAGAAUCUAGAGAAUAAAAAUUCAAUUUCUUCUACUUUCUUUUAUGGUCCUGCUGUCGUCUGAAAAAUUCUUCUGCUCUGUCAGAAAUAACCAAUCAGAGCCAGGAGGAGGAGCUUAGUGCUGUCAAUUUACUGGUCUAUUCUGCUCAGACCCUUUCCCUUUGUCUCUGCUACAUAUUACAACAGAGUCUGUCAUGAAAGCUUAGGCUAGAUAGCAUGGCCGCCGAUGACGGUAGAUAAACAGUGUUUCUGAAAUGACAUUUCACAGCUGUUCAAUGAGCAGGAGAGUCAUUUUAAUUUGGACCAAUGGGAAUCAAAACCUCUAGGAGAGAACCAGGAAGAUCCAGGACUUGAGCAGAUGCAUCAGAACCACUGUGAUCUGGACCCACUCUUUGUAAAAAAGGAACAAGAUGAACCAGAACUUCCACAGAUACAGAUUGAACCGUUUGAAAUGAAUCAAGAGACUGAUACCUUCAUAGAAAAUCCUGACUAUGACGAGAGAAACCUCAGACAAACUGUACCAAACUUCGACCAGCUCGUCGUCCAGUUCUCUUCUGACAAUGUGAACCAAAACCAGGAAAGAAGUGACAAUGAAGACUCCGGAUCAAGUACAGAUGCUAAACUGAGACAAAUUAAAGGGCAUCAGAAAAUCAGAAGGAAUUGUGACAACAUAGACAAACCAAAAGUAGAGAAACAGAUGAAGGAGAGUUUAUGGGAUGGUGAAGUUUCUCGUACAACAACUCCGACCAGUAAGAGGCCUUUCUUGUGUCCGACAUGUGGAAAAGGCUUUAGCACUAGUGGAACUUUAUCUCGACACAAAAAAAUUCACUCAGGCCACAAACCUCAUUCAUGUAUGACAUGUGGAAAACGGUUCAUUCAAAAUUUUAAUUUAAUGCGUCACAUGCGAACACACACGGAUGAGAGACGGCUCUCAGGUAAGAUCUGUGGAAAACGCUUCGGCAAUAGUGGAAAUUUAUCCAAGCACACUAAAAGUCAUGCGAGCUUUAAGUCUCAUUUGUGUCCGACAUGUGGAAAAGGCUUUAGCACUAGUGGAACUUUAUCUCGACACAAAAAAAUUCACUCAGGCAACAAACCUCAUUCAUGUACGACAUGUGGAAAACAGUUCAUUCGAAAAGUUCAGUUAAUGCGUCACAUGCCAACACACACAGAUGAGAGACGGCUCUCCUGUGAGAUCUGUGGAUUAUGCUUUGGCAAUAGUGGAAAUUUAUCUAAGCACACUAAAAGUCACGCGAACCUUAAGUCUCAUUUGUGUCCGGUGUGUGGAAAAACGUUUUCUGUAAGACGUCAAUUAACGAGUCACAUUCUAGUUCAUACAGGUGAGAAGGCGUUCUCAUGUGAAGUCUGUGGAAAACGCUUCAAAAGUCGUGGAAAUUUAUCUCGGCACAAAAAAAAUCACUUAAGCCACAGGCCUUAUUCAUGUGCAACAUGUGGAAGAGGAUUUCUUCGAAACUAUCAGUUAACCACUCACAUAGAAACACACAAGUGAGAGGCAGUUCACAUUAAGACCUGUGGAAAACCUUUCUGGCGAUGUAGUAACUUACAAUGUUUGUGGAAACAUUGGAGCAUUGAGGCGUCUCAGGCAGCACAUUUUUGUCUGACAACAUAGUCAUAUGCCUCAGGUCUGUUUGUGUUCAGUUGGUCACACUGGCUCUGAGCUGUUGUGUUGUUGCUUGAGUUGUGUUGAAAGGUUAUAAAACUCCAAUAGAAAAAACAAAACUGGAUAUUGUGACGUCUAACAUUUUCAUGUUUUGUACUGUACUUUAAACAUUUCACUUAAAAGUUUUAUACAUGCAAAAAAGCUACCGCUUCUACCUUUAUGGUUACUGUUUCUGAAGAGGACAACGUUCUGCCUGAAAGUAAUAUAUCUGAUGAAGAUGAUUGUCAGCCUUUGAUGAACAGGACUGUGAGACCAUCUGUGAGGAAUUUGGGGUCCACUUCUGUUUGUCAUGUCUCUAGUUAAAAGCUUGACAGUAAUUUUCUACAGUUUGAAAUGUAAUUCAAGUAUUCAUUGCUAAUAAAACUGGUUUGAGGACA